CGACUAUGCCUCGCAGCAGACCAUGCCGGUGCAACCAGAGUUUGAGCUGCUACCAGGGGAUGAGAUCCGCACCACCUGCGUCUGGGACUCCACAUCUCGCUCCGAGGUAACGGUGGGAGGGCCAGCAGCUGAGAACGAGAUGUGUGUGGCAUACCUUGUUUACUACACCGCAACGCACGCCCCAG